AUGAAAAAACUCCUCCUCCCUCCUCUGCCUCUUUACCUCCUUCCCCUGUUUCUGCAAAUCGCCACCCUACUCUCUGCACCUAUCUACACUCCGGUCGAAGACAUCACCAUCAACUGUGGCUCUUCCGGAACCUCACCCAACGUAUAUGACAACCGGAAUUGGACUGGAGAUGUCAACUCAAAAUUCUCCCCCUUUGAAUUACACCAGGAUAACACCAACACCUCAUCCCAAGUCAGAGAAGCACCUCCCUCCUCCUCUGUUAGCCAAGUACCCUACACCACAGCCCGACUUUCUCUUUCCGAAUUUAGUUACAAAGUUCCCCUCUCCACCGGGCAGAAGUUUAUUCGUUUAUACUUCUACCCAGUUUCAUAUGACCCCGGCUUCGACCGAUCCAAAACCCUCUUCUCUGUCCAAGCAGCUGGCUUUACCCUUCUCCAUGAUUUCAAUGCUUCUGUAACUGCUGAUGCUAGUGACACUGAGACGCUAAUAAGAGAGUUCUGUUUGGAUAUUGAUGAAGGACAGAGCUUGACCAUCACGUUCACUCCGAGCAGAGCAAUCCCAGAUGCUUAUGCCUUUGUCAAUGGGAUUGAGAUUGUGUCCAUGCCCACCAAUCUUUACUACACUACAUCCGAAAGCCAUGGAGUUGAUUAUGUAGGCAACGAAGUCAAUUAUCGCAUCGAAAACAUCACGGCGAUGGAGAUGGUGUACCGAAUAAACGUCGGUGGAAGUGCACUCUCGUUCGACCAAGACACUGGGAUGUACCGCAAUUGGGACAGUGUAGUAGACGAGCAAAAGUACUUGAAUGAUUUGAGUUCCAGGUGGACUGUUCUUCCACAAAACGUUAGCCUUCAACUCAACUUUGUGAAAAUACCAGAGUACUCUGCUCCACAAGUAGUUUACCAAACGGGCCGGUCCAUGGGCAGCAACCACACCCGAAACAAGAGCUACAAACUGACCUGGGAAUUUCCCGUAGAUCCCAAGUUUCUUUACCUGCUAAGGCUACAUUUCUGUGAGUUUGAGCCUGAAAUUAUGGACCCCGGGGACCGAUCGUUUCUAAUCUAUGUGGAGAACCAACUUGCUGAGCCACAAGCCGACAUAAUCGUGUGGAGUGGUGGAAAUGGGAGACCAGUCUACAGGGAUUACGUCGUGUUCAUGCCUGCAGGCCCUGAUCAGAAGAAAGUUAAGCUCUUUCUUGCACUGCAAGCAAACCCGAGAGAUUGGAUGACUGCAUACAAUGAUGUACUCUUGAACGGCCUUGAACUCUUCAAACUAAGUGAUACAAAUGGAAAUCUCGCAGGACCAAACCCCGACCCACCUCCACCAAAGCCGAUGCAGCCGAAAACCCCCUCAAAAGAGUCGAAGAAGAAGUCAACUCCUAUGCUUGCCACCGUUGCUGGUGCAGUUUCCGCCAUACUCGUAUUAUUCUGUGUCCUCGGAUUCUUGGUUUUCAGGCGAAGAAGAAGAUCCAAGGACACCGAUUAUGACUCAUUUUUACUGUCUGGGCACAAACCCAAGUCGCAACAUAGCGGGGCAGGAGAUUCGAAUUUGAGCGAUAAGAUGAAGGGUGAAGAUGAGGUGUGGCUAAAGAGUGAGAGUGAUGCAGGGUUUAUUAGUUGUAGCUGGGAAGACUCAUCGGAGAUGAAGGAGAGCAGGGUGACCAAAACUAGUAAUCAGAACAAUUCUUCUACUAAUGAAUCCAUGACAGGAAUGUCUGGGACUGUGUUCUCUGAGAUCAACGAUCCCAAUGGACGAUGA